AUGGUUAGGAACUACGUCCGAAAAAGCAAAAGGGCUACCUCCUAUACAAAAGAAGAUUUACAACGGGCUAUGGAAGAAGUGAGGUCUGGAAGAAUUACAGCAUACAAGGCCAGUCAAAGAUUUAAAAUUCCUAUGAUGACCCUGAAUUAUCGUUUAAGAGGCAUUCGAGGGGUAAAGAGCAGUAGUCAAGGUAGGAGUACAGCUAUUCCUAUUCAGGAAGAAAGAGAAGUCCUUAAAAUUGUUGGCGAUUAUGUUAAACGAAACAAAUUAAAGACUCCUUUUAAAGCAGGAUUGGCAGGGGAAGAUUGGUUUCUUGGAUUUUCGAAACGACAUGGUUUGUCCAUUAAGAAGCCACAGUCAGUAGAAUACGCCCGCAAAAAAAGUUUGGAUCCGUUCAUUAUUAACAAAUAUUUCGAAUUAUUGAAGAAUAUUCUUGAUAACUUAGGCUUGCGUGAUAAGCCACACCUCAUCUGGAAUCUUGAUGAGUCCGGUUUUUGUAUGGAUCCAUCUAAGACGAAAGUUGUAGGCAAAAGGGGAACAGCAGCUUCUCGUACCACAGCAGGUGCUGGACGAGAAAACAUAACGGUUCUAAUGGCGGGAAACGCUGCUGGGCAUAAGGCACCACCUCUUAUCAUAUUUAAGGGUAAAAAUAUAUGGAAUGAAUGGGUUGCUCCCGAUGGUCAAGGAUUCCCAGGUACAGCCUACGCGGCUACAGCUAACGGUUGGAUGGAGUCAAAUAUUUUCUUAAAAUAUUUUGAAAAAAGUUUCCUAAAAGAAAUUGGCGAUGCUAGACCAGUGCUAUUAAUUUAUGACGGUCAUACAUCACACGUCGACGAACGCCUUAUUGAGUGUGCUUUACAAAAUAAUGUGACAAUAUUAAAACUUCCCCCUCAUUCUAGUCAUUUGCUACAACCGCUCGACCUCAGUGUAUUUCGAUCCCUUAAAUCAAGGUGGGAUACCGAAGUUAUCGAGUGGCAAAGACAUCACCAGGGCCAACGAAUUCCUAAGAAUCAUUUUAGCAAGCUAAUAGGAAAGGUUUGGAUGGAAACUAACCCCGAUAUUAUAAUCAGCGGAUUUCGAAAGGGGGGAAUAUUUCCAUAUAACUCUGAAGUUAUUUCGAAGGAGCACUUUGAUCCACUUGCAAUGAAACGAUGGGAAAAACAUGAAAAGGAUAACAACAACCGCAAUGAUAUACACGUGAAUGACCAAGACCAGGCUGGUCCAUCUGUUGAUCAACCCAACCAGAUUAACAGAGUCAUCAAUGAAAAUGCAAGUGAAGGUAGCACUACUACUUUUGAAGAACUUUUGCUGGAAAAAGUGAAGCAGCACGAGAACAACAAUCUAAAAAAAAAAAGAACAAAGAUUGCAAGCGGUGCGGAAGUUAUAACCUCUUCGGAGGUUGUUGAAAGACUACAGGAGAAACAACAAAAAAAAACAACCAGCGAAAAAGAAUAA